GCGGGGAGAGGGUGCUGUGGAGCCUCCGCCACAGAGACCCGGCGGCGGGCGCAGUGCGUUCCGCUGGGGCCGUGCUUAACCCAGGUUUCCCUGUUGCCAGGAGCUGGAGGAGCCCAGGGAGCGCUCUGGAGUGGAAGCGCUGGACACGGCUCCUGGCGGAGGUGGACGUGGGCCGCGUUUCCCCAUCUCCGGCGGAAGUGAGGGCGUCACGACGGCGAUGCGAGGUGGAGGAGCUCAGUGGUGACACAGAACCACCUCAGGAUGUCUGUAAUUAAGCAAGGGACAGCAACACUUCGGAAAGCAAAAAAAAACACAGUAAAAACAUGUCUAGAUAACCCCUUUGUUUUCCAAUGGAAAACCAUAGAUGGAGAAGAUAUGCAUUUUAUACUAGAGACCUUAGAAGAAAGGAUUAAACAUAUUGGACUUAAAAAGAUUGAGAGUCCAAGAAAGAAAAAACGUUCCCUUACAAAAAAACAAACAGAAAGAAAGUGUGAUGCUAGCACCAAUCAACUCCCUAAAGAGGAAACAGAAAACCACCAACAAAACCCAGGAUGGACUGACAUAAGUAUCAGAAGACAGCUUGCUAUUGGAGUUAAUGAAGUUACAAAAGCAUUGGAAAAAAAUGAGCUGCUUCUCUUGCUGGUGUGCAAGUCUGCCAAACCUGCCAUGAUCACGUCGCACCUGAUCGAGCUGAGCGCGAGCCGCACCACGCCGGCAGGGCAGGUGCCACGGCUCAGCGAGACCAUCGCGCCCCUUCUCGGCUUAACAUCUGUUCUAGCACUCGGCUUCAAAAAGCAGUCUGACACAUUCACUGAAGCAAUAGCAGCAAUAAUUCCAAAGAUACCAGCUUUGGAAGUGCCCUGGUUUCAGUACACAGCCGAAGAACCUGUGUCUUAUGUAGAUUCAGAUUCUUCAGAAAAUCUGGAACCUGAACAGCUCACAGAGGUGCUGGGGGAUAAGCUCACAAAUCAGAAGCGGAAGCAUACAGAAAGCAACUGGCCUGAUCUUUCAAAUGUAAUUUUGCAGCCUUUGAAAAUCAAGAAACUUGUCCCAAAUCCCAGUAAGAUAAAGAAACCACCUCGCAAAAAGAAAAAGGCUUUUUCAGUGUAACUGAUUUUAGUUUGGUUCACUCCAUUAAACAGAUUUUUUAAACGAAGGAUGGAAUACAGUUUAACUGAACAAUUCUUUUAGGCUUUACAGUGUAAAGCCUAAAUACACUGUGAAUACACUGUGAACUUUGUUACAUUUGGCUGAGAUACUUUCAGCUUUAAUAAAGAAUAUUGCUCAGA